UAAUCGGUAGACAAUACGGUCUACAGACCAGAAUGGCGUUUUCAUGGUGCCCCCGAACGUGAAUAUUUCCGCCCGUGUUUUCUAAGAUGAAAGAGUUUGGACCAAUAAGAGCGAGAGGAUAACGACAGUCGUCGUUAUGAGCCAAUCGAAAGACAGUACGCGAGGACUGACCCCGCCCUCUCACGGCGUACUAUGCAAUCAUUCAUGUUCCUGGGCUGUGGAGUCCGCAGAGCGUUUCCUGCCCUGAUGCAUGGUGGUCGGACGAAGGGAUUGUUGGAAAAUUUGGGAGUUGGAGUUGUAUCAGGAUAGUGUGGUGUUGGCUGGUUGGUGUUCGCAGGUAGACCAUGCUCUUGGCCCAGGUGAAUCGAGACACCCAGAGCAUGGAGUUUCAAAGUGUCGAGGGUGACCCACAGCAGGUUACCCUUUGUCUGACAGAGGCUGUGACCGUUGCAGAUAGUGACCACAUUGAGGCUAUGGACACAGUGAGUUUACAGGCAGUCACUCUGGUGGAUGGCUCCACUGCGUACAUACAGCACAGCCCUAAAGUUUCUCUUACAGAUAAUAAGAUAAUGGAAGGGCAGGUGAUCCAGUUGGAAGAUGGAUCUGCUGCAUAUGUGCAGCAUGUACCAAUGCCUAAAACAGUAGGAGAAGGGCUGAGACUAGAGGACGGUCAAGCUGUGCAGCUGGAGGAUGGAACGACUGCAUACAUUCAUACACCCAAAGAAACAUAUGAUCAGGGUGGUUUACAGGCGGUCCAACUGGAGGAUGGCACCACUGCCUACAUCCAACAUAUGCCCCAGUCGAGCACCAUCCUGGCCAUUCAGGCUGACGGCACAGUGGCUGACCUGCAGACAGAGGGCACCAUCGACCCUGAGACCAUUAGUGUACUGGAGCAAUACUCCACCAAGAUGGAGGGCACAGAAUGUGGCACUGGGUUGCUUGGUAGAGGCGACUCUGAUGGCAGUGUGCAUAUGCAGAUUGUACUCCAGGGUCAGGAGAGCCGGUCUCCCAGAGUGCAGCACAUUGGGGAAAAGUCCUUCCGUUGUGAGCACGAGGGCUGUGGAAAACUAUACACCACGGCACACCAUCUAAAAGUACAUGAAAGAUCACAUACUGGUGAUAAACCUUACAUAUGUGACCAUCUGGGCUGCGGUAAAAAGUUCGCCACAGGGUACGGACUCAAAAGUCAUGUUCGAACACACACUGGUGAAAAACCAUAUCGCUGUCAGGAGCUCAACUGCCUUAAGUCUUUCAAGACAUCUGGAGACCUACAGAAACACACACGAACACACACAGGGGAGAAGCCUUUCAAAUGUCCAUUUGAAGGUUGUGGGAGAUCUUUCACCACUUCAAAUAUUCGAAAGGUUCACAUACGAACACACACUGGUGAGCGGCCGUACUACUGCUCUGAGCCCAACUGUGGAAGAGCCUUUGCCAGUGCCACCAACUACAAAAAUCACAUGAGGAUCCACACUGGAGAGAAGCCUUACGUCUGCACUGUUCCUGGCUGUGAUAAGCGCUUUACUGAGUACUCCAGUCUCUACAAGCACCAUGUGGUCCACACUCCCUGCAAGCCCUACAACUGCAACCAUUGUGGGAAGACCUACAAGCAGAUCUCUACUUUAGCCAUGCACAAACGCACAGCCCACAAUGACACCGAGCCCAUUGAAGAGGAGCAGGAAUCCUACUUUGAGCCGCCUGCAGAGGCCGUUGAUGACCCCACGUUAACAUUUACUCCUACUGUAGUGGAGGAGGACAGUGGCUCAGAGCAGGUUUCAGCAGGAUCAGAGAUCAUGAGUCAGCAGCACGUAGCGCUCAUAUCUCAAGAUGGAACACAGCAGGUUCUCUCUCAGGCAGAUGUGCAAGCAAUGAGUGGCACAAUAACCAUGGUAACGCAAGAGGGAACCACUAUAACCAUCCCUGCACAUGAAGCAAUGCUUUCAUCGGGAGAAACUCACUCGGUCACCAUGGUUUCAGCGGACGGCACAGAAGGACAGGUGGCCAUUGUGACGCCGGAUCUGUCCAUGUUUCAGACUGAGGAAGGGGAGUUGGUGCAGGAGCAGCAGCAGCACCCUGUGGUAUCCACCAGCCCACACCCAGUUACUCUGCUGGCUACCUCCAACGGCACACACAUAGCCGUGCAGCUCAGCGACCAACCCUCGCUAGAAGAGGCAAUCAGAAUUGCAUCAAGAAUACAGCAAGGAGAGUCGCCAGGCCUGGAUGAUUAAAGCAUGACCUUUAAUAUAGUACCAUCAGCUUGAACGAGUGUGUGUGCGUGUGGGUGUUUACAGUGAGCAACGGAGAGAAUCAAGUAUCAAAAAAGAAAUGUUUGCUAUGCCAGCAUUAUGAUUGCUCUGUUUCAAGAGGACUGAAGAUAUUUUUAUGUGGAUUUAUGUACAUAGCUAUGUUUUGAAACUGGAGUUUUCUGCUGUAAAUAUUUAUUUGAUUCUUCUAUUGAAUACAUGACUUUUUAGGAUCUUAAUAAAUGAAUGGUCCAAACAGUA